AUGCCCGUCUCGUCCACGCCCUCCAAGCGCGUGGCCUUGGCACCCAUCAACGUGAACGUCGCGUCGCCGCUCCACACGCUCAAGACGCGCCACCCCACCACCGCGCCCGGCUUGCCCUUGACGCCGGGCCUCACGCCCAAACUCGGCCUCGUCAAGUCCAUGACCUCCUUGGCGCCCGCCGGCCCCCGCGCCAGCGCCUUGUCCGGCGCCGCCCGCGCCCGCAAAAUGGACAGCUUCUCCGAGUACAAAAUCACCAACAGCAAGAACGUCAAGGCCGACUUGGCCGCCACCAAGUUGAAGCUCCGCUUGCAGUUGGCGGUCUACAAGUUGAGGCUGGGCCGCGACGCGGCCAUGGCUCCGGCGCCCACCUUCCGCGUCUCGAAGCCGCUGCGGCUGCUGACGCUGUUGCGGCUGCUGCCCGUGUUCUCGGAGUCGGCCAACGUCAACUUGCAGCGCCCGCAGCCGGCUCCGCGGGCCGCCCCCGCCGAACCCGCCGCGGCCGCCAGCAUGAAGCUCUACCACAUCAAGCCGCUGUCGGCCUUCUACAACGCAUACUCCCACCAGCUCCCGCUCACCAGCACGCACCUGCAGCGGCUCCCGCCCGUCAACAAGAUCUUGCGCACGCCCAUCAAGGCCGCCAGCCGCGCCUUGCUGCAGAUGGGCGCUGCGCACGCGGCGUCCAACAGCGACGAGACCAUCGACGAGACCGUCCACGAGAGCGGCGGCGGCCUGCUCAAAAGAAAGGCCGACAUUUUGGGCUCCUCGCCGUUGCGCCACAACAGCUUUGGCAACGGCAUCGGCACGCCCAACAGCUUCUCCGUGGCCAAGUCCUUGUUGCAGCUCGGCCUGGGGUUGUACUAG